AUGGCGUCAGUUGUGUUUAUGAUACGUAUACCGUACGAGGAAGGCCCUGUAACCUCGGGAAGUGAUGGAGAACAGCAACCUGGAAGCUCAGGUAGGAUUGGAAAACAAGGAAGCAGCCAGCAAACUGAUGACAAUGGUCGUCUUCAAAGUAAAUAUGGGAUCAAUAGUGAUAAUAAUGGAAAUAAAACCUAUCAAUUAUCUUUCAAACACGAGAAUAAGGCUGAAUUAAGCGAUAAAACUGAUACAGCAUAUCGAAGUUCAGAUGAUAUGGAACAUUUAACUGGUCUUCUGAAUAUAGCUGAGGUGUGUGGUUUGACUGACAUGCACAUGUUCUUAUAUUUUACAAUUUAUCGUAAGUCACGCUAUGUGCACCUAAAUAAGUCACGCUAUGUGCCUUUCACUGCUCUGAGUUCGUGGCUUCGAUUCUCGCUACGGACUCAUGUGAAAAGAGUCUGUCAACGCUCUGCCGAAAGUCGUGGGUUUUCUCCGGGCGCUCCGGUUUCCUCCCACAGGAAAAGUUGACAGGGUGGGAAAUUAGGGUAAACAUGCACAUUUAAGAAAGUGAUCACAAUUGUUGUAAAGAUAGCAGUAAUCUAGGUAAGCGUACUUAAUAUAAAACGUAUUUGAUCAUAGUCAUAACCACAUGUAAAUUUGCGCUAUAAAAAUGUUAAUCUUAACUAUUAACUAUAGAUCUUAAUAAACAGAUUUCUUAGAAAACCUAUAAUUAUUUGAAAUAUUCCAGUUAAUUAUCCGCUAGUGGGCACCCACGCAAAAUGCAAUAUAUUUAUUUCCUUGUAUAGGUUAGUUAUCCGUGCACUUGUGUUUUCUCUUCAAUAACGUUGGGUAAUUUAUCGAUAUAAGAUUGUAUAAUUUAAUAUUGUAUAAUUAGCAAUUACAGCUAAUUUUGUAAUGCAGCCUAGUCUAAUAUAACUGAUUUGGUUAGCACUGAGUUGAAAUCCUUCUUUGUCCUUAAAGGGCAUAUGACUCGAAUAUUGGAAGCGCUAUUUUUUAGUCUAAUUUGAAAGAUCAUUGAAAACUGUAGCGUAACUUCUUUGACAGAUUUUUGUUUUCUUGCUUUGUUUUGGAGAUAUUUCAUUUUGUAUGAUAUGCAAAGGACCAACAUUCUACGUCACAUAUGCAUAAUGACUUACUUUUAAAUGUUAUAUAAUUUUGUCACUAUCAAAUAAAUUCGCUCAAAAUGAAUGAUGAGCACAAGAUUUGUCCACAACAACACCCAUUUCUACUGGUUGUGUUUAGUCGUAUUAAAGAUAUACAGGUUUUAGGGCUAAAUCAUUAUGCACAUGUGACGCAGAAAGUUGGUCCUUUGCAUUCAUACAAAAUAAAAUAUCUUCAAAACGAAGUAAUAAAACAAAAAUCUAUCAAAGAAGUUACUCUACAGUUUUCAAUGAUCUUUCAAAUUAGACUAAAAAUAACACCGCCAAUUUUCGAGUCAUAUGCUUUUUAAAACUCGAAUUAUUAUUUGCAAACAAAUAAUCAAAGUAAGGACUAAGGUGCAUACUGCAUGAUCGUGGCUAGCUUGAUGUCUUUUCUAUUAAUUUUAUAUAAAGACCCUACAAAAUGAGCUGGAAUCAUUAAAAGUUCAAGACGCCUUUUGGACAGUCACAAAGAACAAGCAAUUUCAUCAUGUAUGUUAUGUUACAUUUUUUUAUUCGUGUGCCAAGUCCUGGCAAAAAUCUCAGUGGAAAAUCCCAGGGUUUAUUUUAUUAAUUAAGAAAAAUUAUCCCGAUUUUAUUUCUAUAUUCUAAAGUCAUUCAAAAUGAUAAUAUGGAAUGUUUACCCCAUUUUUACACCAGGAAGGUACUAAAUGCCAUUAUAUAUAUGGCCUGAUUCUAAAUUAGGUGGUAUUCUUAGAAGAGACUGGUGCAAGAGUUGAAAAAAUUUUGGAGAAGUUAACACAUGUUGGUAUUAGAAUGAGACCAAACACAUCAGUAAGGUAUUGAUUUCUCACUUUGAGAGCAGCUGCGUGGUGGCACAAUUAGAAUGUACCACAAUGAAAAAUAUGUAACUCCUCCUUGCUACAUAUAUAAACUAAUUUUUGAAAUCGUUUUAACGAUUGUAUGUUUUAGCAUCAUUCCAACAUCUGUUCACAUUCAACCUGUAAAUGUUGCAAGACGAACGAGUUCAAAAGGUGACAGCGUUCAGAAUUCUGGAGACGAAGCCCAAGCAUUACUUAUUGUGUGAGUCUAUUAAAUAUUGGCGUUUUAAACCGUUGCAUUUUUGUCAAAUAAAAUAGCAGUUAAUCGGUAGUGAAUAUAUUUGCAGUAAAGAAGAGUCUCCAAAAGACCAGUUUAAGAAGUCAAUAAAAUCCAGAUUGACUGUAGAGCAAGUGAGUUAUUUUACAGAAUCGCAAACGUGUGAGAAAUGUGGUUUGUACCAUUACUUCUACACGAUGCGAGUGUUUUUAAUCGUCUGAAACCACAAGACCAUUUUUUGUUUUAUUGCAUUUUAGGUUGUGGAAGUUAUAAAAAUAGAAGCACGUUUAACAUUUGAUUUUGUGAUGUUUACCGUCUUAGCCAGGUGAGAUUUCUCAUACUUUUACUGCAGUGACGAUAUUUUGUACACGGUUGUGUUGCAGAAUUAUUCUAUCUGUUUUCUCAAUACAGUUUAAUAGCUGCAGUUGGUUUAGCUGAAGACAAUGCUGUGGUUCUAGUUGCCAGUAUACUGGUAUCACCUCUUAUGGUAGGUGCUUCGAUAUGUUGGUGAAUUCAUGCAAGUGAAUGCUGUUUGAUCACUAAUGGUCUUACUUCAUUUCAAAUUAGUAAACGAAUAAAAACGAAUAAAAGUAAGAUCAAUUUUUCAUUAGGGUCCAAUUCUUGGUGGAACAUUUGGUACAGUAAUAAAGAACAAGAACUUGAGAAAUACAGGAUUGAAAACAGAACUCUGCGGUUUAUUUUUUUCAGUAGUUGUUGGUAAAGUUUGCAUAUAGUUUAUUUUGUUGCUAAAACUUUUACAAACCUGACAAUUUAGAAGUUUAAAAAACAAUUUACAACAAAAAGCGGAUUUCAAUUGCAACUUUGUUAGGAUUUGUUUUUGGUUGUAUUUGUGGUCCGCUUGGUGUAAAUGGCGCGUCAUGGGAUAACACGAAGGGUAUUUGGCCUACGCAGGAAAUGAGUAGCAGGUAAGACAUGCAUGAGUGGUGAUCGUUCCUUCAAUCGUUUGCAAUUGGUUCGUGCAAGUGGACAAAGGUCAUUUCAAAAUCAUGAUCAUCAGUUAGCAUUUCAAACCAUGCAUCAUAGAAUACAUUUUCAAAUAUAAUUUCCAAUCAUAAACUAGUCUUGAACAAAAGCAUUAAAAACAUUUGGGACAGUUAUAAAGAACAAGAUUUUGCGAAAUACUGGAUUGAAAACUGACUACUCUCUCAACUGUGCGGUUUAUUUCUUUCAGUAACAGUCAGUAAAGUUUGCAUACAAAUUGUUUUGUGCUUUGUAUUUAUAUAUAACUUGUACUAAUUUGCAACUUUAGGAUUUUCUGUUCGGUUUUAUUUGUGUUCGGAAGGGUGCUUCAUGGGAUAGCGAAGGGUAUUUGGCCUACACAGGCAAUGACUUAGCAGGUAAAACUGAUACAUAAUGAUGAUCGUUUGGCCCGUUUCAACUGAGCUGCGCUAAAUUGUCGAUUUAAGUUAUAAAUAAAUAAAAGGCAAAUCAUUAAAGCUAUUAGAAAAGUAUAGUGUUAAAAUGAAAAUGCACUACCAGUCAUUAUAUUUUGAAAGUGAACCGGCUGAGGAUUUUUCUAUUCACAUACUGCAAUUCCGUUAUGUAUUACCAUAUUGGUCUAGGGGUAUGACCCGUGGUUUGUGGGUUGGUGUUUGCAUUGCGUUACCAUCAGGUGCUGGUGUUGCAUUAUCUGUGUUGGGUGGUAACACUCGUCCACUGGUGGGUGUGGCAAUAUCUGCUUCAUUGUUAUCUCCUGCAGUAAAUUCCGUAAGUGCCAGUUUGCUAAUGUUCCUUCGUUUCUACGAUUUAAAUGAAUAUUAAACAUAAGAUUAAUGAAGUACUAAAAUUUUAUCUUUGUAUUCAGGGGAUGUUAUGGGCUUAUUCUUUCAUUGCUGCUAUAAAUCCUCCAGAAUUACUAGACAGCGGUGAAUUCAAUACCUCAACGGUAUAAAAUAAACUGUGUGUAAUUUAGCUAAAAACAUGUAUUCCAUGUUUUCAUAUCCUUCAUGAUCACUGGAUAAAUUUUGAUGCAAGUCAAUAUUCUAUUUUGUCUAGGAUUAAUGUGAACCCUUUUCAUUUUCGAUAAAUUUCCUUUCCAGUCAAAAUGCCCACCGUUGAAAGACAAUAGGUACAUGCCUACCUACAGCUGUGACAUGGGGACGGAAUCUGCUAUUCUGGCAAUUAUAAGUUUGGUUUUGACUGUUGAAAAUAUAAUCUGUAUUUUUAUUACUGCUACCGUUGUUUUAAAGGUGAAUGCCAACUUUUCUUCUUAUUUUUCUAUUUUUUAAGUUAUGUUUGAUAUAAAUGUUAAAACCUUGAGAGUAAAGUCAAUUAAACGUCAUCUUUCAGAUUUAGAUCGUUUAGAUAACUGGCUGCGCGGAUGAUUCAUGAAAACCAUGCACUUGCUAAUUUACAGAUAAAAGAAGUUUCGUCCAAAGCAUCUAGUUCUAACGCUACUCAGACAUUCUGGACUAAAGAUAUAAAGGUUAUAUUAUUUCACAGUAGAUUUUUAGUUUCACUGCAUCUAGUUCUAUGUGCGUGCAGGCACAUAAUCUAGAAAUUAAGCGAGCUUUUAUUAAUCUUAUGGAGUUUUCAGCUGUGUUGGUUCAGUUGCAAGAAGUCAUAACCGAACUGCACGGUGGUCAAAUUUGUCUUUUAGUUUUGGUGACCUCGCACUUUGAGACGUUCACUGCACUUCUAUAGGUUUGGCUGGCAGACCCUUACAUGGAUGCUGAUACUAACAUCUCCGUAGGCGUAGGGAGAUACUCACUUAGCUUCCCCCUAAAUUGUCUAUUACAUUUCUUAUAGGUAGCAAGAGAGGCUUACGAAACAUUUAAAGGCAAUAAGGCAGAGAAUUUAUUGAAAGAGUGGAAAGUGAGUGUGCUGUUAUAAAAAUAUUUUCUCAGUAACUUACUGUAUGUUACUGUAUGUGAAAGGUCCAGCCGCACCAGUCAACUCCGCAUCCUUGGCCUGAUGUUCCAAACACUAAUAUCAUUUUUCAUUGUUUUACUUAUGUAGAAAGUUCAAAAAGGUGCAAAGGGAGGCUCGCGAGAUUCUCUGCAAUCCAAUGAAGAGUUGGUAGACAUGGUUGAGGUAAAACAAACCAUUAAGUGACUGAGUCCUGAAUUGUCCCUAAUUUAAGAUAAAAUACCAGAAUUUGAUAGCUUGAAAUGUUUCUAUACAUUUUAUUCAUACAGGAAAUAGAAAACACAGAAGAAUUUCAAACUUUAAUUAGGCGUUCCUCAAGUGGAGCCCAGUACUUAAAUGUAAGUUGAACAAAUUAAUUUUGUUUUUAUCUUAAUUCACUGCUAAAUUGUGAUUAAUUGACUUUGUAGAACUACAAUUGUAUAAUAGAAAGGACUAAACUAUUCUACCUAUAGUUAUAUAUAGAGGUUCAGUCCAGUUAACAUAUUUUAUUGGUUCUAAAAUAUUAUUCCCAGAGAUCCGGAGGAAAACCAACCCUCCUAUCAAAUGGAGGUGAAAAAGCUGUAUAAAAGCCACAAAUUGCACUAUACCAUUAGUAAAGAAACGGUCGGAAAGAUAACGGAUAUAAGUUAGGUAGUAUUAAACACAAGUAUAGGUUAGCUUACAAAUGAACUCUAUAUUUGCAGAAAGUUUCGAGAAAUUUAAAGAGACUCGUAUCGAGAGACGACCUUGACAAUAUAGCAGAUAAAGAAGCGAUGAUUGUACAAAAUCAACUGAGAAAUUUACAAACAUACUACUCAUUACAUCCUACAGACAAAAGCCACCAGCUUCAUGUUAGCAAAAUAUUCAGCGAGCCAGAAGAUAAACCGAAGAAAAGCGUUCGAGAAUUUCACGUCGUUGAGACAGAGAACCCACAUCAUACGUCUGUAGUUCGAGUUCAGCCACCAACUGAUGAUUCAAACACGUACUCUGUAACGACUGAAACUGGAAUGUAG